AUGGGCAGGCUAAUAAAACUGCCAGGCAAAGGUGUUUAUGCUGACGCCAUGUUGGCGAUCUCGCAUGACGCCUCCAACCAUACUCGGCAUGGCAUCGACAAUGUAAAAGCAACUCUCGGCGGCCAAGUUACCGAGAGGUCUGUUCACGGUCGGCCGCAGGGCUAUGCAUGUCAUUGGACCGGGAGCAACCCCAAGAUUCCUUGCGGGAACGACCCUGUAAUCUCGUACAAUAUCAACCUGUGA